AUGCUCGUUGUCGGACUCACAGGAGGCAUAGCAUCCGGAAAGUCGACCGUAUCGCGCUUGCUCUCUACAAAACAUGGCCUGCCAAUCAUCGACGCCGAUGUGCUUGCUCGCCAGGUCGUCGAGCCGGGAACACGCGCACAUACGCAGAUCGUAAAUCACUUUGGGACCUCUGUAUUGCUCCAAGACGGCUCGCAGCAGCUCGACAGGAAGAAAUUGGGCGACAUUGUCUUCAAGGAUGAUAAAAGCCGACGUGUGCUCAACGGAAUCGUUCAUCCAGCCGUAAGAUGGGCUAUGCUUACACAGGUCAUGAAAUGCUGGCUCACUGGCGAGUCUGUGUGCAUCCUCGACGUCCCGCUCCUCAUCGAAGCCGGGCUUUUCAAGUGGGUCGGAUGGAUCGUUGUCGUAUAUUGCUCGAAGGAACUCCAACUACAGCGCCUCAUGCAACGCGACAAUUGUACCCUCACCGCCGCCCAAGACCGCAUUGCUUCCCAGAUGCCCAUGUCCGAUAAAGUUGCCUACGCGGACAAGGUUAUUGAAAAUUCUGCGGGAUUUGCAGAACUUGAACGACAAGUCUCCGACCUUGCUGCCUCCCUGCGUGCCAAAGCGGGUUGGAGUUGGCGUCUAUCCUGGUUGUUCCCACCAGCUGGUGUCCUGUUUGCCGCUUAUUCUCUCCUUAUGCGCGCACUCUACCGUAGACUGGCCAGGAAGCGACCCCAACCUACGAAAGCAGGUGCACGGCUGUAG